GCGGAGUUUGGGCCGGAGGGGCGGAGUGAGAAGGCUCUGCGCGGGUAAAGGGGCUGCCUCCAGCGCGGUCCGAGUGUUCUGCAGACGCUCGCCGUCUUAGCCUCCGGUCUCUCCGCCCGCCCCUCCCCCGCCCACCGCGGUCACCCGGGAAACCGGCCGCGAUAGCCGGCCGACUUGAAGCUGGUUUCAUGGCAGCGGCGAAGAAAGCAGUUUUGGGGCCGUUGGUGGGGGCAGUGGACCAGGGUACCAGCUCGACACGCUUUUUGGUUUUCAAUUCAAAAACAGCUGAACUUCUUAGUCAUCAUCAAGUAGAAAUAAAACAGGAGUUCCCAAGAGAAGGAUGGGUAGAACAAGAUCCUAAGGAAAUUCUGCAGUCUGUCUAUGAAUGCAUAGAGAAAACAUGUGAGAAACUUGGACAGCUCAAUAUUGAUAUUUCCAACAUAAAAGCUAUUGGCGUCAGCAACCAGAGGGAAACCACUGUAGUCUGGGACAAGUUAACAGGAGAGCCUCUCUACAAUGCUGUGGCUGCUCCAGUUUCUCCUGGCCCUUCAGUUCCAGUUGCCGUUGUUCCCUCUGGUGCUUCAGUUCCAGCUGCUGGUACUUCCUCAGUGUGGCUUGAUCUAAGAACCCAGUCUACCGUUGAAAAUCUUUAUAAAAGAAUUCCAGGAAAUAAUAACUUUGUCAAGUCCAAGACAGGCCUUCCACUUAGCACUUACUUCAGUGCAGUGAAACUUCGUUGGCUCCUUGACAAUGUGAGAAAAGUUCAAAAGGCUGUUGAAGAAAAUAGAGCUCUUUUUGGGACCAUUGAUUCAUGGCUUAUUUGGAGUUUGACAGGAGGAGUCAAUGGAGGCGUCCACUGUACCGAUGUAACGAAUGCAAGUAGGACAAUGCUUUUCAACAUUCAUUCUUUGGAAUGGGAUAAAGAGCUCUGCGAUUUUUUUGGAAUUCCAAUGGAAAUUCUUCCCAAUGUUCGGAGUUCUUCUGAGAUCUAUGGCCUAAUGAAAAUCUCUCAUAGCCUGAAAGCUGGGGCCUUGGAAGGUGUGCCAAUAUCUGGGUGUCUGGGGGACCAGUCUGCUGCUUUGGUGGGACAAAUGUGUUUCCAAGAUGGACAAGCCAAAAACACGUAUGGUACAGGAUGUUUCUUACUAUGUAAUACAGGCCAUAAGUGUGUAUUUUCUGAACAUGGCCUUCUGACCACAGUGGCUUACAAACUUGGCAGAGACAAACCAGUAUAUUAUGCAUUGGAAGGUUCUGUAGCUAUAGCUGGAGCUGUUAUUCGCUGGCUACGAGAUAAUCUUGGUAUUAUCAAGUCCUCAGAGGAAAUUGAAAAACUCGCUAAAGAAGUAGGUACUUCUUAUGGCUGCUACUUUGUUCCAGCAUUUUCAGGGUUAUAUGCACCUUAUUGGGAACCUAGUGCAAGAGGGAUAAUCUGUGGACUUACUCAAUUCACCAAUAAAUGCCAUAUCGCUUUUGCUGCACUAGAAGCUGUUUGUUUUCAAACCCGAGAGAUUUUGGAUGCCAUGAAUCGCGACUGUGGAAUUCCACUCAGCCAUUUGCAGGUAGAUGGAGGAAUGACCAGCAACAAAAUUCUUAUGCAGCUGCAAGCGGACAUCCUGUAUAUUCCAGUAGUGAAGCCCUCCAUGCCUGAAACAACUGCACUCGGUGCUGCAAUGGCAGCAGGGGCUGCAGAAGGAGUUGGCGUUUGGAGUCUUGAACCUGAGGAUUUGUCAGCUGUCACGAUGGAGCGAUUUGAACCUCAGAUCAAUGCUGAGGAAAGUGAAAUUCGUUAUUCUACGUGGAAGAAAGCUGUGAUGAAGUCAAUGGGUUGGGUUACAACUCAGUCUCCAGAAAGUGGAAGCAUGGGAAGAAGCACAGGGAGCCUUGGUUUUCCAGAGAGCUGUGGCCAGGAACAGUCCCUAUUAAGAGCAGGGUGAGUGAAGAGAAGGCUAAAGGUCUCCUGAUGAAAUCUUCCCUGGAAUCUGGGGUAAGAUCAAGAGGCUGGGAAUGUCCACCUAUAGGACACUGGAAACCCUCACUAUGUUCUGGAAAUACGAUUAAGAUCUAAGGUAAGCAAUCUUUCCAAAUAGUUAACAAAAAUAAACUGAGAUAUGGGAAAGCUCUGUCAGUUAUGGUUCUGGGCUAGCAUAUUUCCCACUAAAAAUUAACUAGCUUACUUCUGGGUUAUCAAUUUGUCUUUCAUGGCAAAUGACUAGUGUGACCAUUCCAUGAGAACUGAGGUUCAGAUUCUGAACCUUACCCUAUGAUAAGGCUCAGCCCCUAUUGGGAAGGUUGAUCUUAGUUAUACAAUGACUAAAAAUUGCUGGGUUCUUUACCCUAUUCCUAUGACUACAUAAAAAAGAUGGGCUCAUUUCUCUUGUUUCAAUUGCUGCAUUAAGGGGAAUUUAAGAACUAGCAAGUAGUAUACUUGCACAAACACAAACAUACAAUACUUUUAGAAAUCUCAUUUCAACUGAAUGCCAGGAUAAACCAUUAGAAAAUUUCAGUGAGAAGUUCAUAAUAAUCCAGAACUUUCAAGUCAUUUUGAAAUUGUUUAUUUGGCCUUGUUCUCUAUAUGCUAUUUCCUUGGAGCUUGAUCCACCUAAUAUGGUGGCCACUGAGUGUUUCAAAGAUGAUGAGUCUGAUUUGAGAUGUACUAUAAGUGGAUAAAAAUCACUAACUUUACCCUGAUUUCAUAUUGAAAUAUUUUAUGUAUAUUGGAUUAAAUAAAAUAUAUUAAAAUCUUUUUUUUUUACUAUUUAGGGUGAUUACUAGAACAUUUUGAAUUAUAUACAUGGCUUGCAAAAUAUUUCAAUUGGACAGCAUAGCCUUAAAAUUUAACUCUGUAUAGAGAAAAAAAAAUUUUCAGGGUAGCGGGGUGGCUUCUGGGAAUUGAGCCCUGGGGCACUUUUGUCACUCAGCUAUAUCUCUAGGGUCCUGCUAAGUUGUUAAGACUCAAACUUGGAAUCUUCCUGUUUCAGCCUCCCAAGUAGUUGGAAUUAUAGGUGUGUGCCCCCUAUUCCUGGCUUAGGGAAUAAUUUUUGAAAGCAAAAAUUAAAGGUUUGGUUUUACUUUUAUGGUAACUCUACAUAAGUUAACAUGUGUCUGUGGACAUUCUGGACACACAAGUACAAACCAUCUGCAGCUGCUGCCUGGGUGUCAUGAACAUCCGCCUGUACUUUGGAGGUCACACUAAUUCUUCGAGCUUUUCUCUCAAUUGUGCAGGGGUCUGAGGAGUCUGUUUAUUUAAAAAAAAAAGGAAAGAAAAAGGAAAAAAAAGAAGAAAAAGAAGAAAAAGGAAAAAAAGGAAGAAAAAAAGAAAAAAAAGAAAAAAAAAGGAAAAAAGCAAAGCCAGUAAGAAGAGAUCAAGUGAUUCUUUAGCAAGAGUAAAAAGGCUCACAAGGUUUACUCCUGCAACCACACAGCUGAGUACAUUUCCUAUCACUUCAUGCUACCUUUAGUUGUCCUGUGAGGGCAAAUACUACAUUUAAUUCUGCACUGCAACCUGAGCCACAACCUGGCUCUUACAACAUUUUCCAUUCUCUGAUUACCCAGAACCAAUGGCCUAUUUUAUCAGAUUCCUACUUGUUAGUGGAUUAGGGGUACAAACAGUGAUAGCAAUGAAAUGUCAAUGUGGAAGUAAAAUUAGGAAGAUUACAAUACAGUAAUUCUCCAAUUAAGCAAUAAUUAACAGGAAAUUAUAGGGUGAAAACAGACUAUCCAUACAAGGCUAACUAUUACAAUAAUGAUGAUGAAAUACAGAUUUUAUAGUUUAAGUACUAUUAUUCUUGCUCUUUAAGUCAAAACUGACUCAAAAUAAUACUAUGUCCUGAUAAACCUGUGCUCCCAAAUUGUUUCAUGAAUUCUAAUUACCCACAUCUGCAGCAGUCAUUUUGCAACAUAGGCAAUAAUUGUAUGUAUCCUGACUUCUUGCUAGAAUGUUUCUAUGAAUUAAUAGGUUAUUAGUAAAUAAUCUUUGUAUUAAGUAAAAAUGAAAAAUGGCAGACUUCAUAUUAUUUUUGCAUUUAAGAAUCAAAGAAAAGUAUUGCAUUUUCUAAUUGGUUUGGAGCCCCUGUGCAAUCCCCUAAUGCAACACCUUUGGAGAUCACUGUUCUAGAAUUCUAAGCAUGAUGCUUAAACACUCCCAACACUCCAUUAUCAGAAUUAAAGAAGAGCAGAGUCAAUGUUUCCAUAGACCCCAACAAACAAGGGUAAAGUUCUAUUUCUUAGGUUUUGUAAAGCACUUUUACAGCAUCACAUGCCUACAUGUCACUAACUCUUACAAAAACCUUGUAAAAUAUCCUGGUAAAUAUUUGAACAGAUCAACUGUGGUGCAGAUUAGAGCUGAACAAGGCCAUGUGGCUAAGAUGACCAGAAUCAGUACUUAGUAUCUGGGAAGCCAAGGUCAGUGCUCUUGCCACUGUAUGAGUUCCCAAUGGGGAAGUGAGGAGACUUGCUGAGUCACCUGAGGGGUAAUACACACUGUAUUGCUUAACUGCCAAGUCCAAUUCAAAAAAGUCUGUCUUCUGUCUCUUUCUUUAUCACAUUUAUGCACAUAAACUUCUAUAUUCCAUAUGGAUUUCUUGCAUAUAACUCCAAGACAUUUAUUCAAACCAAUAUGCCACUUCUACCAGUUGUGAGCAUUUUAUUCAUUUGGUUUGUUACUGAGUACUAUUGCAAUCAUUCUGUGCUAAACUAGAUGUACUUUUACAAAGGCCAUGUUAGUUUAAAAAACAAAGUGGAAAAUAUGCAAGUGCCUAAAAGAAAACAAAUUUGAAUUCAUAAAGAAAAAUGAGUAGCUUUUGAGAAACCUGUUAUGAAAAGGCUUCCAAUGAAAUUGGAGAACUUAAUCAAGUUUUAUUAUAAAUUUUAACAGAAAAAAUGUGAAAGUUCAGAAACUAUGGUAAAUAGUACAAUUUUUUUACUGACAUUUAUAAUAGCUUAUGCUAGUAUAUAAUUAAAACAAAUUUCUAAAAUAAAAUAUUGUGAAAUGUUUUAGGUGUCUUUCUAGUCUUUUAUAUUAAAACUGUACAUAUAGAGUAGAAACUGCUUAGGGUAGGAGUCUUAGAAUCAAGCAUCUGUAUAAUUUACAUAUGAGCAUCUGAUACAUAUUUAAGAAAUGGGUUGUAACUGGACCCAUUACAGCUAACUUCAUGGGACUAUCCAAUAUCAGCUUUAGCAAAUUUUAUUUGAAUUAAACAAGCCAUGAAAAAAACCUUUUUAGUGUACAAGUACUUGUAGAGAGCUAGAUGAAGGUUGAUAUUUAUGAGACUACAUCAUGGAAUAUCAAUGCAAGCCUUGCACAAUUUCUAGCCAAGGAGGAUACCAAACAGGAACCUCCUACCUCAAUUACAUGGUGUUGGUCCCAGAGACAGAAAACAAAAUGACAUAUUGACACUAUCACUACCACUGCUAGAAAAUCACCACUCAGACUCAACAGGCUCUUGGCAACAGAUCUAUCAUGUCGCCUCAAGAAAUUUCUUUGUAUAUGGUCUUUCAUGUGUAUUCCUUUGUGAAGGUCUGAUUAAAUGUUUUUGCUUUUUAAA